AUGUUCAAUAACCCAUACCCAAACCCUAUGUUCAAUAAUUAGUAUUUCGAAUUGAUUAGAGAUAAUUAGCAAUUUCAACCUUAAAAAGAUUCUACUCACUCUCUUUAUGUUGAUGGUAAAAUCUUAAAUAAUAAAUAUAAUAGGAAUUCCAAAUGAUGCACAAGAACGAGAAGUAGCACGUAUCAAAUCUAAAUAUUAUUUAGAUAUUUUUCGUCCUUAUCCAGGGUUCCAAAGAGUCCGUUUAAUUAAAAAGUAAACACAAAAGGGAAGAGAAUAUUUGCUCUGCUUUGUAGAUUUUGAUGAUGCCCUUCAAGCUACUAUUGUAAUGCAGACUCUUCAAGUUAUCAUAAAGCAUUAUAAUAUCCUAGGGAUAUCGUUUUGAUAAAAAUGACAAGACAGGCCUUAAGAUUUAUUUUGCUAAUAACCCAAAAUAAGAGAAGUAAAAUAAAAAAUGACAUACUAAAGUAUAUA